AUGGACGAUGAUGAUGCUGAUGCUGACGAUGAUGUCGAAGGCGAGGAGACCAAACGUGAGACUGGAGAGGGACAAUCAAAUGUGGCGCCCAAAUGGCAGUCGGUAAUUCAAGAGAAGCGAAGGAUCACUCUGGAACGUGUAAAUGGAUGCGGCGAUGCGCUCGUAGCUAAGUCGAAGGUGGUGGAUGAGGUGGGACAAAUCGAAAAUGAGCAUGAAGAGGAGGAUGCGGAGGGAGAAGAGGAGGGGGAGAUGAAGUCGAAUUCAGCUAAUCGUAUGGAUAAGAAAAAGAAUGUUACUACUCUCUUCUCUCGUCUCGGAAUCCGUGGCACCAAGCAGCAGAAGCAACAACAACGCCCAGUAAUUGUGACUCCGUGGCGUUCUGAACCGUCGGACGACAAUCCCGCUUCCUCAUCCUCAACUGUUGCUUUGGCCACUUCUAGUAGCCUCACUGCCUCACCUCCGUCGAGGGAGAAAAACAAUCCUCUGCAGAUGUGGCCAUCAAUCGCUAGUCUGCAUUGCAUCGGUUGGGCCAAGGUUACAUCAAGCUACACGCCUCAAAAAUCCGGCGAACUGGCAUUGCUGGAAGGUGAUUUAUUUGCUUGUUUGAUGACUUUGAAAUGGCUUUGGAGGUUUGAAGGUGUUCCAUUGUACGAUGCUCGGCUGCGAAGGCUGCUGUCCACACCUUACCUGAUGUCUCGGUACGAUGUCUAG